CGACUGUCGUAAAAUAAGCGCCCAGGGCCAAUUUCGGGAUCGGACCGCGUUCCCAUGGGGCUCCUUUUCCUUGCCAUGACCUUCUCCCUCCCUCUCCCCCCACCCCUUGAAAAACCCCUCUCCUCUCGCAUUCACAGAUCCUUCAAUCCUCCCGAAACCCUGACCCUAACCCCAGCGAGCAAUCGAAGACGAGAAAUGGCCCAGAGAGAGAAGGAGCUCCAGGUCCCAGAGACUCUCACCCUCUGCGUCAACAACUGCGGCUUCUACGGCAACCCCGCCAUCAACAACAUGUGCCAAGCCUGCUUCCAGGCUACCGAAUUCGCCUCCCCCUCGCCACCCUCCCGCUCCAGCCACGAGAAAGCCAGCUCCGCCCCGGCUCGGUCGCCGGAUCCGGCAACGGAAGCAGGGAGGGGAGGUGCGGAGGGGCCGGCGGCCAAGGCUGAUGCUGCCGCCGCAGUGGUGUCGCCGGCGAGGCGGGUGAGCCGGUGCGCGGGUUGCCGGAAGAGGGUGGGGCUUACGGGGUUCCGGUGCCGAUGCGGAAGCAGGGAGGGAAGCCAACGACCCCCCUCCAAACAACCCCUGUCGGAAGGGUCAUCCCUCCUCCCUCAACCCAUUCCAGAGAUCGGAAAGCAUCUAUUUAAGCAGUAGUAUUACCCACAUCUCUCUCGCCCAUUCCUCGUCUUCUCUCUCUCUCUCCAGAAACAUCGGUCACCAGUGCUUCAUAGAGAUAGAGGUACAGAGACCAAACCCUUCUCCAAUCCCUCUUUUGCUUGAUCUUUUCGACUUUUUUUUUGGUUGUUUUCUCG